AUGAACUUUUAUAGCGAAAACGAUUCGUUGUUGCGUAAAAACUCGGUAUUCACUAAUAAUUCCUCCAAUUUGAAUAACGAUAACUAUAACAAUCUCUCCACAAACUCCCCAUCAAACUAUAUCGUUGGUUCAAUCGGCAGAUUUGCUUCUUCUUAUACAAGAGCACAGUCUUUCAAAUUCAUCGAAGGCAAUAUAUCAACUGCAAGAUCCUACUUUGUUAAUGGCGAAGACGAGGUCUUCGACCCAAAGACUCUUGCUCCAAGUGUCAAAGGCCAAAGAUUAUCAAGUUAUGAUAACGUCUCCUCGAAUGACGAAGCCAUCGACGACCAGUCCAUUGUCAUCACCAUCGACAACAACAACUCAAACACUUUUAACAACCACAAUCCCAUGUCCUCCAUCAUGGGCAGAAACUUCCGAACAAACUCGGUUUACUCCAGAUUCUCUAUCCCAAACACAAUCUCCACAAUAAACGACCAAAACUCUCUACUAAUCAAUCCGGUUCACACAAACACUGGCAAAGUUGUCCCCAUCAUUCAAGGACAAUCCACUUCUCCCCAAACCGUUUUCAACUCUAUAAACGUCUUGAUUGGCAUCGGUUUGUUAGCCCUACCAUUGGGUUUGCAAAAAGCUGGUUUGAUCAUCGGCUUGCCCUUACUAUUCAUUUCAGCUUUCUCGACAUUUCAAACCGCUAAAUUAUUAAGCGCUUGUAUGGACACUGACCCAACUCUAAUGACCUAUGCUGAUCUAGGUUAUGCUACUUUUGGUAAGAAUGGAAGAGCUUUGAUCUCGGUCCUAUUCUCUCUCGAUUUGAUCUCCGCAGGGGUGGCUCUCAUCGCUUUAUUUGCUGACUCUUUAAAUGCUCUAUUUCCAAACUUCUCCAAACUUCAAUUGAAGAUAUUAGCCUUUUGCAUUUUGACUCCCCCAACGUUUUUGCCUUUGUCGGUUUUAUCCAUCAUCUCCUUGCUAGGAAUAUCCUCCACCAUUCUCAUUGUCAUCUUCAUCUUCAUCGCCGGCUUGAUAAAGCCCACUUCUCCCGGCUCUUUAAUUUCCAUCAUGCCCAUCAAUCUUUAUCCCCAAUCUCUUCCUCAGUUGUUACUAGCCUUGGGUAUUCUAAUGGCCCCUUGGUCUGGCCAUGCUGUCUUUCCCAACUUGAAAAACGAUAUGAGAUUUCCUUCGAAUUUCAAAAACUGCCUAAGUGUCACCUAUAUUAUCACUUUUCUAACCGACUUUUCCAUGUCCAUUAUCGGUGUCUUGAUGUUCGGUAAUCAGGUCAAAGAGGAAAUCACUAAAAGUAUUCUCAUCACAAAGGGCUACCCUAAAUUCAUUCACUUGACUAUUUUAUCUCUAAUCGCGAUGGUUCCCAUCGCAAAGACUCCUUUAAAUGCCAGACCAAUCAUUUCAAUUUUGGACUAUUUCAUGAACUUGAACGAGGAGGAAAUAAUCGAUGAAAACGAUGCUGAUUUUUCUAAAAGUCUUUAUAAAAAAAUAAUGAAGAUAUUUAAUAGAGUAUUUGUCAAUUUUCUAUUUGUUAUCAUUGCGAUCAUUUACCCUCAGUUUGAUAAAAUUUUAGCAUUAAUGGGAUCAGCAUUGUGUUUUUUGAUCUGUCUAAUAUUGCCUUGUUUGUUUUAUUUGACUAUCUGCAAGGAUUCAAUAACUGCUAAGGAAAGAGUUAUUUGUUAUUUAACUAUUUUCAUUAGCUCAAUUUUAUCUAUAAUCGGCACUAUUGCCGCACUCACUGUCAAUUAA